GAUCUGACGGAGAAUUCCCAUGGUAAAAAUGAAAAGCUCCGCAAUGCCUGUAUGGGCGCUCUCUUCGAGAUCUACGAAUCCAAACUUCCCGAAGGCCUGACGCACAGGAAAACAGAUGUCGAGUCACAGCAGAGGGCGCCGUCGGGCAGUGUGAAGUCCAGUGGACACAUCAUGCUCAGCUAUAAAUGGGAACACCCGUCCCAAUCUGUGAUGCGAGAGUUCAAGAAACAGCUGCGCAAAAGAGGUUACAACGUGUGGAUGGAUGAAGACCACAUGAUGGGUGAUAAGAUCGGUGCCAUGGCAGAAGCCGUAGAGAAUGCCGUUAUGGUCAUAGCUUGUAUCACACGUGGUUACCAAGAUAGUCAAGACUGCCGUACAGAAGCGUCUUAUGCUUACGAAUGCAAGAAGAAGAUCAUCCCUGUGAAGGUAAGUAAUGACUUCAAAGCUUCUGGUUGGCUAGGUGGUAUCACGGCAGGGAAGAUCUACUACAUCGUUCAGCAAGCCGAGCUUGUCUCCGAGGUACUCUCCAGCAUCAUCGAAAAAGAAUUUGCAGUGCAGAAAGAAGUCGCAGUGCAGAAAGAAACGGUCCAGAACGUGAACGCUGCUCCCGGUAUGUCCCUCGUCCCAAGAGCAAGUACCAAAGCCACCUCAAGUGGAAUCUCAAGUACCGGAUGGGAUUCCAAGAAGGUCCAGCGUUGGCUGGCAGCUAACAACGUCACACCACGUAAGAAAGCUUUGAAAACACUCAAUGGAACCCAAUUGCUGCAACUAAAAAAACAACUGAUCACAGCCCCACAAUCUUUCUACCAGUCAAUGAAAGACGAUCUUAAGGUCCCCUAUAUUGAUGUGCUUUCACUCGCUGCUGCUCUUGAAAAUCUACAUUAA